AUGCUGGAGCAGAAACACAGUCCAGCACCGACCAGGACCAGUACAAGAGCAGAAUGGAGGACCAGAAGCCGGAGUAUCGCACCGACAACCCCGUAAAAAAGGAAGAACCGGACUCACAGUGGACAGAAAACUCUGGUUCACACUCCAACAACACAGCAGGUGUCAGUAAUGCACCUCAACACUGGUUGCUACCCGACAUAAAACAGGAAAAAGAAGAAGAAGAAGAACAGUCCAUCAGUCAAAGAGGAGACCUGCUGGAUUUCAAAGACCAGGACCACUACAAGAUCAAAGUAGAGGAGAACCAGAACCCGGAGAACCACACCGACAACCCUGUUAAAAGAGAAGAACCAGGUUCACCCUCUGCUACCACCGAUAAACAGUGGAUAGAAAACUCUGGUUUACACUCCAACUAUAUAAUAGGAGUCAGUAAUGUACCUCAGUGCUGGUUGCUACUUGAAAUAACGCAGGAAAAAGGAGAAGAACAGUCCAUCGGUCAGAGAGGAGACCUGCUGGAUUUCACCAACCCAGAGCCUUGUACCGACAACCCUGUUAAAAUAGGAGAACCAGGUUCACCCUCUGCUACCACCGAUAAACAGGGGACAGAAAACUCUGGUUCACACUCCAACAACACAGCAGGUGUCAGUAAUGCACCUCAACACUGGUUGCUACCCGACAUAAAACAGGAAAAAGAAGAAGAAGAAGAACAGUCCAUCAGUCAGAGAGGAGACCUGCUGGAUUUCACAGACCAGGACCACUACGAGAUCAGAAUGGAGGAGAACCAGAACCCGGAGAACCACACCAACAACCCUGUUAAAAGAGAAGAACCAGGUUCACCCUCUGCUACCACCGAUAAACAGGGGAUAGAAAACUCUGGUUCACACUCCAACAACACAGCAGGUGUCAGUAAUGCACCUCAACACUGGUUGCUACCCGACAUAAAACAGGAAAAAGAAGAAGAAGAAGAACAGUCCAUCAGUCAGAGAGGAGACCUGCUGGAUUUCACAGACCAGGACCACUAUAAGAUCAAAAUAGAGGAGAACCAGAACCCGGAGAACCACACCAAGAACCCUGUUAAAAGAGAAGAACCAGGUUCACCCUCUGCUACCACCGAUAAACAGGGGACAGAAAACUCUGGUUCACACUCCAACAACACAGCAGGUGUCAGUAAUGCACCUCAACACUGGUUGCUACCCGACAUAAAACAGGAAAAAGAAGAAGAAGAAGGACAGUCCAUCAGUCAGAGAGGAGACCUGCUGGAUUUCACAGACCAGGACCACUACAAGAUCAAAAUAGAGGAGAACCAGAACCUGGAGAACCACACCGACAACCCUGUUAAAAGAGAAGAACCAGGUUCACCCUCUGCUACCACCGAUAAACAGGGGACAGAAAACUCUGGUUCACACUCCAACAACACAGCAGGUGUCAGUAAUGCACCUCAACACUGGUUGCUACCCGACAUAAAACAGGAAAAAGAAGAAGAAGAAGAACAGUCCAUCAGUCAGAGAGGAGACCUGCUGGAUUUCACAGACCAGGACCACUACAAGAUCAGAAUGGAGGAGAACCAGAACCUGGAGAACCACACCAACAACCCUGUUACAAGAGAAGAACCAGGUUCACCCUCUGCUACCACCGAUAAACAGAAACAGAAAGGAAGAAAGGGACUCAAACAUCACCGCUGUCAGCACUGUGUCAAAGCCUUCACGACAUCAACACAUUUAAAGAUUCAUCAGACAGCUCACACACAAGAGAAACUUCACAGCUGUGAACAAUGUGGCAAAACUUUUAGUACAGACAGAAACCUAAAACGCCACCAACGUACUCACACUGGAGAGAGACCGUAUAGCUGUGACCAAUGUGGGAAAGCUUUCACCAGAGACAGUCAUCUAAAACGUCACCAACGUACUCACACUGGAGAGAAACCGUACUGGUGUGAGCAAUGUGGUAAAACUUUCCCUCGUAGCAGUGCCUUAAAAAUCCACCAACGCAUUCACACUGGGGAAAAACCAUACAGCUGUGGCCAUUGUAGGAAAACUUUCACACAAGAGGGUAAUCUACAAAUUCAUCAACGCAUUCACACUGGAGAGAAACCGUACAGCUGUGACCAAUGUGGACAGGAUUUCAAGACUAACAGUGCCUUAAAAAAACACCAACACAUUCACACUGGAAAGAAGCGGUACAGCUGUGAACAAUGUGGGAAAGGUUUCACUACAAAUGGUUCUCUACAAAUCCACCAACGCAUUCACACUGGUGAGAGACCGUACAGCUGCCUGCAAUGUGGGAAAAAUUUCACUGCAGACUGCAAUUUAAAAAGCCAUCUACGCAUUCAUACAGGAGAAAAACCAUACAGCUGUGACCAAUGUGGGCAAGAUUUCAUCACAAGCAGUGCCUUAAAAAAACACCAACGCAUUCACACUGGAGAGAAACAGUACAGCUGUGAGCAAUGUGGGAAAACCUUAACCACAAACACUGCUCUGCAAAGUCACCGGCGUGUUCACACUGGAGAGAAACCAUAUAGCUGUGAGCUAUGUGGGAAAACUUUCACUUCAAACAGUCAUCUAAAAAUCCACAAACGCAUUCAUACUGGAGAGAAACCGUACAGUUGUGACCAAUGUGGGAAAGCUUUCACUGCAGAGAGUAAUCUAAAAAGCCACCAACGCAUUCACACUGGAGAGAAACCGUACUGGUGCGAGCAAUGUGGGAAAACUUUCGCUCAAGACAGUACUCUAAAACGCCACCAACGCAUUCACACUGGAGAGAAACCGUACCGGUGUGAGCAAUGCGGGAAAACGUUUGCUCUCAGGAAUUCCCUAAGAAUCCAUCAACGCAGUCACUCAGCAUCAUGUUGAACAUGUUUUAGUGGCAGGUUAGUGGUUUCCUGCCUCCUCUACAUGCCUUAGUAAGUGUUGUUCUAUCCUGAGCUUCUUUGAGAGAGAGGUGAAGCUCGAAACAAAAGCCUGCAAGGUUGAGUUUAUGCAACUCUGCAUAAGGGCUUUGGAGCUGCUAUCCUUUUCUGCUGCUCCCACUCAGUCAACCACUCACUCACUAUGUACACAUAUCACAUACUGCCCUAUUCCUUUAAAGGAGCUACACUUCCAAGAGUUUCCCAGGCAACAACACAGAGGUUAACUCACGUUUCAAUACGUAUUUUUUAAAAUAAUUUUAGCAUCAGCGGUUUUAACUAUAACCCACAUUAGUGUUAGCUUGUCGUCCUUUGCUAUUAUUAGAAGCUAAACAAUUGUUUUUGUCCAAAAAAUGUACACAUCUAUGAAAUGUAUUCUACAAAACAGGGUGACAGUCAAAUGUCAUAAUGUCAGUAAAAACAGCAGAUACAUGUUUGUGAAAUUUCUUUACUCAACAUUAAACAAUCAACAGUGCUGCAAGCUUACCAGCUAACAUUUUCUUGUUCAGUGUUGCUAUUAAAUGCAAUAUUGCGUCUAUAAGUGUAAUUAAAUUAUAGUUCGUGCUGUUAUUACUGUACAUUAAAUGUACUAUUGGUCACCUUUCUAUUUUAAUAUCAUAUUAUUUACUUUUAUAUUUUGUUAAUCUUGUGAUAAUGUAGUAUUAUUAUUAGUUUACCACUGAGACUGGUGUGUUGUGUGUAACAUGAGUGCCCUCUGCUGGCCCCAUACUGCAUUACUAGUCUGUUGUUUCCUGUCCCUGUGGUAGGUUGAAGCUCAGUUAAAAACACCAUAAUAAGUUUGUUUUUGUUGGUAAAAAUGCAUUGUAUGUACUCCUGAUGGCCACAGCAAAUGCUUUUUUGAUGAUAUGCUUGGUUUUAAUUUGUGUAGUGUAAUUUGUUGAGUAUGCCAUGCUGUUACUUUGGUCGCUUGAUUUCAGCUUCAUAUUAAAUCUUCAGUGUGUAACUUGCCAA